AUGCUCCUCCGAUAUUAUACUUGUCUAUGGGCUGUUCUCAUACCUAUUGCCCCAGCUGCACCCUUUUCCAACCCCAAAGCGACCCAGUUUCUCUCCCCGGUCAAUCAACACAAUGCGAUCCAUCCCCUCCAUCAGUUGGACUCUCGUCAGUGGUUCGGCAGCAGUGAACAUUCUGGAAAGAAGAUUGGCCGCGGCAAAUAUGAAUUCGGCAAGAAAUACCAAAACGUCCUGCAACUCAGAAGCCAAAUGGAUGUUAGAGGAAAUCACGACAUUUUCGAUGCAAGCCUUGACAACAAGCUCACAAACAAAAGGACCCCUCGAGUUGCAGUCAAAACCUCGGAUUCCCAGGAAAUGAUCAAUCGCGCCAAGCUUGUGGAUUUGGUCGAUCCUGUUUAUGUUGUCAAACCAAUCGAUUACUUCAAGGUCCAGAGCCAGUACUUCAUGAUUAUGCCUUACCUUGACCAGACCUUUCGGGAUUACAUAUACUGCCACGGGAGAGGUGGCUCUCGGGUAGUUCUAUUCCUGGGCCAAUUGAUCGAGGGGUUAGCCGCAAUGCAUCGCCGGGGCGUGAAACAUCGCGAUAUCAAGCUCGAUAAUGCCAUGCUGGACGGCGACAGAGCCAAAUGGAUUGAUUUCGAUGAGAGCACAAAGGAUCCUACGUCCACCCAACGCAUCGGAACACCGGGGUAUAUACCACCAGAACAGAUGGAGGGGUUGAGCUAUGACGCCCUUAUGGGUUUGAACCCUUUCGCGUCACAUACCCUCGAUGACCCCAAUACCCUCCAUAGCCGAGUCUCUACAUCCGCAGGGGACAUAUAUUCUAUAGGGAUGAUGAUUCUCUAUUCGCUACUCGUUCCUGAUACCUAUUUAUGGUUCUGGGAGGCAUCGGCGAAGUGGGAUACGAGGCAAACGGCUUUCAACAAACUUGCUAAAAAUGAGGAUUUAGCAGGGGAGGGCAGCCGCAAAUUGAAGGAAGUGAUAGCUGGAUGUAUCUGCAGCAAGCCAACGGAUCGCUGGACGGUCGAUGAACUUUCCGCCCAAUUCCAGGCGACGCGUGAAUAUCGCGACGCUGUGGGAUCCCGCUGA